AUGUACGUGCUCGACGACCAAGAGGUCGAGGAGGCCGAGAAGGAGCGACUUCGCAAGAAGCUCCAGGCCAAGAAACAGCUCAGCCCCGAAGAUGAAGCCAUUCGCCAGCAGCACGCGCUCGUCACGGCCAAAAACAAAUACUGGGCACCGAUCCUACUUUUAUACCCACUCGGCCCUGUCUGCGUCGCCUUCACGACCGUUGUCUUUGGCGGCGUCAUCACCAACGCCGCAUCCACGACCUGCAAUGCGUACCUCGACAGUAC